CCUUUUGCGGCGAGAUUUGGGUUGGUUCGGUCAUGGGUCGACCGUCGAUGCGAUGCUGGGAGAUGGGUUCUUGAAUUGAUCGCGCGGAGGGAUGCGAUGUGGGUUUUGAAUUGGGUGGUCGUAACGUUUGAGAUGCAGCUGCGAUGACAAUUUGGUGUGGAUUGGGAGAAACGAUGCUUAGAAGAGGGUGGUCAGUCAUGUUUCUGCAUUUUCGAGAAUUGGGUUUUCUUUUCCCACUUUAUUUCUGUCAAUCUAGUAUUGGUGAUUGGAUGGCGUUGUUCUUGUUUAACCUGUGAAUUGGUAUUGUCCAUUAAAUUCCAAGACGACGGGCGAUAUCACAUUCCAUGUUCAGGGUGAUUAGUGCGCUGGGUUAGGCUUUUUCUUUCUCUUUUAUGAUGGUCGAAGCGACAAUUUUGAUCUCGAUAUAUGUAAAAACCAUAGUUGUUUGAAUGCAUUGCGUUGUUUUUAGCUGCGCUGGCGUCAUCUCAAAACCUGUUGAGGUGUGGUCGUCAUUCCAUAAGUGCGAGUGUGCCAAUAAGGGGAAAGUUGUGAUCAUAUAAUACAUAACUUUUAUAUGUGAUGUGUCCUCUUGAUAUUAGCGAAUUUCGGCGUGCCGUCUCCAUCAAGGUCGGUUAGGAUAUAGAGUCCGUUGAUCACUUUUGGUUGUGAUAUGGAAACUGGAAAAACAGCUGUCAUUUAUCUAAAGCAAGACCAGAUGUGAGAACCAUAAGAGUGCUAUUAUGUUGAUUAAUCUGUGUGUCAUAUCCAAGCAGUCCCUUCCUAUCGUACUGGCAAAUUCUUUUUCUACUAUCAGAUGCGGUGGCGCUUUUCAAUAUUUUUCUGGUGCGCAUAUUAUAUACAGAUGGGUAUGUUGUCAAAGGGGUAGAUGUUGAUUGAUCAUUCUGAAUGUUGAAUUCUCUUCGCAAUGUGCAAGGCUAAUAGCUUCGGAUUAUUAUGAUGACUUGGUUUUACCUGCAGCUUGAUUUGAUUACACACUGUAGUUUCAUAGUCUGGCGUUUGAAACUAUAUUUGCCAAAUUCAAGGUAUCCAAAUCCUUUGAAGGAUAUUAAGGACAUGGCUUUUGAUUAGCAUGAAAAAAAUUGAAUUAUGUGGCUUAUAUUUCUGGUAUUUCCGGGCCAGCUCAAUAGUACGAUGCACUAGAUCUACAAUGGCUUUAGAUUUUCCUCUUUUUCAAGGUAAACUUUCUUAGAAGUUGAGAUUUAGUUCAAUAUUACAUCACCAGAAGACUUGAUCUACAAAUCUCAAGGUUUAAUUGUAUAUUAAUUUGAAACCUACUCAAUGGCUAAAUGGAUCCCUUGCAACUUCCUUCUCAAGGAACAUCUAUUAAGGACACCUUUUCUCUUCUAAUAAAUCAUCAUUUCAAAUGUACAAAUGAGGCAUGUCAUGGACUCUAUUUAUACUUUACCCUUUGGCUUCUUUUAUUAAAUAAUGUUUCUGGUAUACUGACAUAACUAUAUAUUCACUGAUAGUCAUUGUCCAGCAGCAUUGAAGGAGGAGCAAAAUGGUUGGUUAACAAAAUCAAAGGUUUGCUUAAACUGCGAUCUGCAACUUAUUUGUCGCGUGCUUUGGUUGUUCACUAUUUGCUUUCUGCUAUCCCUAUGGCUUAAGUUUUCUUGUAUCUUUGGAAUUUCCAUCUAGCAUGUACAGUAGUAAUCUCUAGAGGAUGGAUGCAAGAGUUUUAAAUUACUCUGCAACUUAUCAUUUGGUUGUCAAGUUGGUGCUAUAACUUGCCCAGAUUUUUAAAUCGAAAAUGUGCUGUUAUAGUCUACCUUGGUCAAAAGAAAAACUUAUGGUUCACUUAGUGUUCUCUGUUCCUUAGCUAGAAUUUAUAUAGAGAAAUCAAGGAUUGUGGAUGUCAGUAGAACUUGUUCCUGUUUUUCUGUGAAAGAUGUAGCUAUGAGACAUAAACUUGUGGCUUCUCAGAACCGUGGGCAUUCUUUAAUGCAUGAAGUUUUCAUCAACUAUGCUAGGCUAAAUACAUCCUGGUGCUUGUCGGUGUGGUUAGGGAAGAUGCAAACACCACUUCCAGAACUCCUAAAGGAAUAUGGCCUGCCUGUUGGGAUCUUUCCUUGUGACGCAACAAACUAUGAGUUCAAUGAAGAGACAGGAAAGCUCACUGUCUUCAUACCCUCAAUCUGCGAAGUGGGCUACAAGGACUCUUCGGUUUUACGCUUUUUCACCACAGUUACUGGAUAUCUUGAGAAAGGGAAACUAGCAGAAAUAGAAGGGAUGAAAACAAAGGUCAUGAUAUGGGUGAAGGUGACGGCGAUAUCAGCUGAAGGAUCAAAGCUUCAUUUCACUGCUGGGAUGAAGAAAACCCGGAGCAGAGAUGCUUAUGAGGCUCUCAGAGAUGCUUAUGAGCUUCAUUUCAUGCUUACUAAUUCUUUAUCCUCGGAUUUUGUAUCUUUUGGAUCAUUCGCUUUCUCAAACAAUCCGCUCAGUUCUUUUCACAUUGUCCAGAUGGGUCACAAAUCACUAUAG